AUGGAGAGGCCUAUACAUAAGGGACCUAGUCAUGGCGUUGCAGCAACAGCAACAGCAGCACCACCAGCAGCAGAAGCAGCAAUUCCAGCAGCAGCAGCAGCAGCAGCAGAACCAGCAGCAGCACCGAGACCUGCUGCAGCACCUGUUGCUGCAGCACCAACAGCAGCAGCUGGAUAUGUCAAGCAUGUGCUGCUGCAAGGCAGCAGCGGGAUCAGGGAGCUGCAGCAGCAGCCUGUUGUGGAUUCUCCCAUUAGCAGCAGCAGCAACAACAACAACAGCAACAGCAGCAGUAGCAACAGCAGCAGCAGCAGCAGCAACAACAACAAUGUAGGUACUAACAGCAGAAGUGCCGAGGAGAUCCUUGGCCCUUCCUCUGCAGAAGUUGACUGCGUUGCCUCCAAGCCAAUGCAGCAGCAGCAGCAGCAACAGCAACAGCAGCAACAGGAGUUGCAGACGCUGCAGCAGAAGCAGCAACAGCAGCAAGAGCAGCAACAGCAGCAGGAGCAGCAGCAGAGGAGCGCUCUUGCUGCUGAGUUAAUGGAGCUAAAAGGAGACACCCCAUGCCAACCUAUUGAGGGAAAGGAGACAAACUGCCCUGCAGCAGCAGCAGCAACAGCAACAGCAGCAGCAGCAACACCAGCAACAGCAGCAGCAACAGCAGCAGAAACAUCAACAGCAGCAGCAGCAGCAGCAGGAGGGACAACCUCUCGCCUGCGUACUAAAGGAGACACACAGUGGUACCGCAAUGGCUCAUCAGGUUCUGCUGCUGCUGCUGCUGCUGCUGUUGAUGCUUCUGCUGCUGCUGCUGCUGCACCAGCAGCAGCAGCAGCAGAUGAUGAUGAUGAAGAUGGCACCCCUCGUCAUGCUUCUUUUCUUGUAGAGCAGCAGCAACAGCAGCAGCAGCAGCUGCAGCAGCAGCAACAGCAGCAGGAAGCGGAUUUGAGUAUAGAUGAGGAUUAUGAUGUAUCUCUGGUGGUGGUAGUAGUAGUGGACAAGGUGCAGCAGGAGGAGGAGGACGAUGUAGUAGUAUCCAUACAGCAGCAGCAGGAGCAGCAGCAGCAGCAGCAGGAGCAGGAGGAGGAGGAGGAGGAGGAGGAGGGAGUAUAG